CGCGAGCGGCCGGUCCGUCGCGAGACGCGAAGAUGUGGACGGGCGCGGUAAUAUAAACUGGCGGCCAGCCGUUUAAAGCCGGUGAAGCUCUGGUCGUUUUUUAAUCGCGAUGCGGCGGCUCGGAGAUGUGAGGUCGGAAUCGGGCCGCGUGCAGCUCCUCGUGCUCGUUUCCGCGCAUCUCUGCUCCAUCACAGGUUGCCUGUUUGUGACAGAUUAUUUCACCCGUACACCUCGCAAGCUGAACGCCUUCCGCUCAUUCGCCAGCGUGGAGCUCUUCCACUUCACCGUGCCUGAUGACACAGUUGUGGCCGUCUGGAACCUCAUCACAUUUAAGGAGCAAGGGGGAACGUUUGGAGACAACUGUCCUGACCGCAACGUGACAGUGUAUUUCAGGUCAGGAGCCCCGCCGGUCAUCAACCCCUUGAACACCCGUUUCCCGAAGGACACCAUCGUCCCAGGGUCCUUUGCUGUCACGCUGACAUGGACGCUGCCCAACCGUACUACGGGGGUGUUCAAUGUUACCAGCCCUCUCCCUGGAGACUGGUUCUUGGCUGCACAUCUACCAAAGGAUGAAGGGAAAAUCUCUGUCAAGGGUCUUCAUGAAGAAUGUCAGUACCUCUUCCAACCUCAGCUCAUAGUCCAGAGGCUUAUCGGGAUUUCGGUGCUCUACCCUGGCUACUUCAUAGACCAGAUGAUUCCAGGUCACAACAGAUCUGUUCUCUACAAAGUAUUUAUCCCCAGCUACAUAUCUUCAGUAAAGGUUCAGCUGGUGGACUGCAGCACCAGGAACAGGAGCAGUGAAAGCUGCCCAGUUCUGCUGAAGUUGAGAGCUAGAGCUCCACCAGUGCACAACUCCAGUGCUGUGGACUGCAGAGAGAACGUGCCAUGCGAGCUGGAGGUGCCACUGCUGUCUUGGGAACAGUGGUACUACAUUCUGGUGGAGCGCUACCUCAGCACUGCAGAUGUCUACUUCCGAAUUGGUGUACAGGUCAAAGACUGCUCCAAGCCGAGCAUCACUAAAGGGUCAUCUGCCAUGAAUAUGCCCCAGUCAUUUGGCACAGCUAUGGGCUUUUCUCUGUCAGAGACACUGCCGGCUGCCAGCUUGCCCAACCUGGCACGGAAUGGCUCAGAUCAGAGUCCACUGCUGAAGGCCGAGAACAGCAUCAUCUACUUGGCUCCCACCUCUGACAACAAUAAGUGCUGGCCAAUUCGACCUACAUUACGCAAUGAGUUGGAUACCUUCUCUGUGCACUUCUAUAUCUUCUUUGGGCCCAACAUCUCUAUUCCUCCAGACCGAGCAGCAGUGUUCGCCAUUAAUCUGAUGCCAGUGCUGGACAGUGGAGGGGUUCUUAACAUGGAGCUCAAGCUCAAUGUGUCCUCAGUGAAAGGGGAGAAUAUUACUGUAUUUGGCUGUCUGCAUCAUGGAAUGCCACUGGCCCUUCGAGACAACUCUUCCGUCAAGUGCGAGUCUGAGUCAGUUUCUGGAUUCCUUUUGUCUGUGAACACCACUACAAACAUUACCAAGCUGCGGAUCCCAUACCCCCAGACUGGCACCUGGUACCUCAGCCUCCGAUCUCUACGUUCCACAGAGCACGGGUUUGAAGCGUGUGCUAAUAUAACAGCAGAAGUGUAUCUUCGCUCCUAUCUGACCCCAUGUAUCAAUGACUGUGGCACUUAUGGCCAGUGCAAACUCCUCCGCACCAAUAACUACUUGUACGCUGCAUGCGAGUGCAAAGCAGGUUGGGAUGGCUGGGGCUGUACAGACAACACAGAAGCUUAUUCAUAUGGAUUCCAGCUACUGUCUACCCUGUUGCUCUGUCUGAGUAACCUGAUGUUCGUACCACCCGUUGCCAUUGCCAUUCGCAGUCAUUACUUGCUAGAGGCUUCUGUCUACAUCUUCACAAUGUUCUUCUCUACUUUCUACCAUGCCUGUGAUCAGCCAGGAAUAGUAGUGUUCUGCAUUAUGGAGUAUGAUGUCCUCCAGUUCUGUGAUUUUCUUGGCUCCCUCAUGUCCGUCUGGGUUACGGUCAUUGCCAUGGCCAGACUUAAAUCCAUCAUCAAGCAGGUGCUGUACCUGCUAGGGGCAAUGUCUCUGUCCAUGGCUCUCCAGCUGGACCGCCAUGGCCUGUGGAACCUUCUAGGCCCCAGCCUUUUUGCCUUGGGUAUAAUGGCCAUUGCCUGGACCGUUCGUACCAUCCGGCGGCGUCGCUGCUACCCUCCGACAUGGAAACGCUGGAUCUUCUUCCUCCUCCCAGGCACCUCCAUUGCUACUUCAGCCGUGGCGCUCUAUGCCUUCGUGGAGACUGAAGAGAACUACUUCUACAUCCACAGCAUCUGGCACAUGCUGAUUGCCGGCAGUGUGGGCUUCCUGUUGCCGCCCCGUGCCAAGCCCGACGCCAAGGUGACGCCAAUGAGGCGCCAGCGCGGAUGCGGUUACCAGCUCUGCGUCAACGAGCACGAGGAGAUGGGCCUCGUCGACCCGGCCAUCAUCACCAUCAACAGUAUCUGCACCAGCUGAUGACGCCUUUGGAAUUUAAAAAAAAAAAAGGAAAACAAAGCCAGAGAACUCAUCACACUGUAAAUAAAAUCUGAGAGGACACAUAUAAACAGUUUUGUUGUUUUUACUUGCCAUUUUUUUUGUUGAUAUCCGGAAAUUCUACAGUGAUGUGUUGCACUGAUGUUAGUGAACACGGUAUGUAAUGAAAUCAGACUACUCACAUACACUUGAAGUUUUUUUUAUUAUUAUUUUUGGUGGUUAAUUGAUGCUUGGAUUUCUGCUAUAUUUGCCAUUUUGCAUUCUUGGUAUGUCCAGAUGGAUUGCAGUGGUUACAGUGUUGCACUGCUGUUUGUGAACAUGGUACUGUUUUAAAGAUGAACAUUGCUGCUGCUAUAACGGUGACUGUAAAAAUGUGUCAUGUAAUUAUUUAUUGCUGUCUGAAAUCUGAAAAGACCAAAAGUACUACUGGGGUGAUAUUACAGAAGCUAAAUAGUAGAAGUAUUUAUGAAGGAACAGAUUUUGUUUCCUGUUUUCUUUUUUCUUUCAUCACUAAACUUGCACUGAGACACAAAAAUGUGAUACAGUACAUUUUUUUAUAUAUACUGUAUAAGUAUGUAAUAGGUAAGUGUCACCAUUGUAAAGAUAUAGUCGUUUUUUGGUGGAAUAUCUGACUGUACUAUGGAUUGCAUUUUAUUAACUAUUGAUUGUUAAUCGAAAAGUGGCCAAGAAUUUGUUUUUUUUUUUUUUUGCUAAAAAAAAGAAAAAAAAAAGAAAAAUAAGAAACCUCCAAUAAAUAACCUCAAUUUCCUGUUGUAAGUACCUGGUGAGGAAUUGGGUCAGAGAAGAUCAUUAUUAACCGAUAAAACAAAUAAACAUUUUAUUUUUUUCUGUACUAAAGAGGCUCGUAUGUCUUUUCCUGAAGGGUUUAAUAAAUGAGCUGUUUGUCGGGAACAUGGUAUGCCCUAUUUCAGUUCUUAAUGGAUGCUCGUGGCCUGGCAUAAUGUGCCAGUCUAUUGUGGAUAUGUGAAGCUGCUGCCGGAGGCCUCUCAGAAGAGGUAUAAAUGAAUAAAUUAUAUAUCAUCGGUCCUAGCGGAGACUCUGUGUGGCUGUGUGGCAGCAGGAAGUCUCCACAUGGCCAGGAUGUCAUUACAAUGACAACAAUGAUGCUUUGAGUGCAUUGCUUUCCUUCCAGCAUUCCACAACAGAUAAGAGCAGUGCGAGCUUUAUCUCUGAACAACAAUGUCUUAACGCUGUGCUGCUUUUACAACAGUUUCGAACAGGGUAAACACUUUAGGGUCUUUUUCUCAGCACUCACUCAGUGAAGAGAACUUAAAAAGAGUGAACGAAUCACAAAUUAAGCCACUUGUUAAUUCAAUUAGCGCAACAGGGUUUUUGUGACCUAUUUUUAAUUAAGGCGUUAACAUGUGGUUUAUUUUUGAAAUCAAGUUCCAGGGCCUUAAUUCAUUACCAGUAAUAUACAUUCCCUAAGGGACCAUAUGUCAUGUAUGAGUACUCAGUGUUCAAUUAUCUUUAGGGCUGCGUGGAAAAAACACAACACUUGUUCCUACUUAGUUACUAAGCAGCUGUAUGUACUACAUGGGUUUGUAGAUCAGGAUGACUUAGAGAUAAAACUGCUGUACAUGUAGAAUAACUGCUUCAUCCUGGUCAGGGUUGCCGAGUAUAUUAUACAGGUGUCAAAUAAUAGCAGAAGCCUGACUUUGCUUGAAAUAAUCUCAGGCCAACAAUAAAUCUCAUACCAAUUUCCUUCUCCACUACCUGUUCACUACGGUCCUUUUACAUGUACUGAAAAGCCUCGCUAAUAGAUGAAAGAAGCAACGGAAAUUAAGCAAAGACAAAUGAUCAUGGAUGACAGUGUAGCAUAUUUCAAAGCUCC